ACCUAUAAAAGAUGUCCUGUGUAUGCAAUCAGACACUGUUCCGAACGAGCUCUCAUAAAUAACAAUAUGAAAUUACUCAUCGUUCUCGCCGUCGCCGUGGCCUGCGCCAGCGCUGAUGUGUCUCACAUCGUCACCCCCGACUACCAGGUCCCCAUCGUCAAGUCCAACUUUGACAGCAAACCUGAUGGCACCGGAUUCAAUCACGCCUUCGAAGCCGGCAACGGUAUCGUCCAGGAAGCCCAAGGUGUUGUGAAGAACCCCAACAGCGAAGCCGCUACCCUCGAAGUUACAGGAAACGUGAAAUACACAGCCCCUGACGGCACCCCAGUUGAGCUUUACUACAUCGCCAACGAAGCUGGAUACCAGCCAACCGGAAGCCACGUCCCCAAAGUCCCAGAGCACGUUCUCCGCGCCCAAGAGUACAUCGCCAGCCACGCCCCCAAAGUCAGUCAGGAGUACAAAGCCGUUAAAGGCGCAGGGCUGGGCGGCGGCUCUGGCUCCCCAACAGAUUUCGUGUCUGUGUUCGGGAAGCGCUAAGCACGAUUUAGGAAAUUUGUCAUGAUUGUUUUGUCAAGUUGAAGUAUUGCAAUAAAGUCUGAUUUAGUUAA